AUGGAACUACGAAGAAAUUCAUUAAAUUCUGCUACUUCGCCAAAUCACAAAACACAGGAGAUAGAUGUAUCCUCUAAAAAUAAGAGCAAUAUGAAUUUGGAUAGUGGUUUUCAAGAAACAACUGUAAAGUCCAUUCCCAGGUCAACCAUUACAAUUUCUGUAGAAUGUCAAGAUACAACUCAUUCACCACCUCCAAACGCAUCAAAUCUCGCAAAAUGGAAACGUUUGAUACAGUUUGUAUGUUUGAGUUAUAUUUUUUUAUCCCUUAUCUUAUUAGUUUAUCUAGGGUACACGUUUUCUCUGCGUGUCUCUGCAUCUAUCCCUUAUAUGGACGAUCCCUCUAGACUGAUGCUUCUACUUGGGUCUGUUGCUGUAGAUAAUACAGACUCCCAGUGGAGGUUUUUUACCGCUUUCACUCCCCCGCUUAUUCCUCUCUUCGCAAUUAUUAUAGCACUUUCUCGCCAAAUUAGAAAACGUGGGUUAACUGCACUGCAAUACUUUCACAUCUCUCUUGGACUUAUUUUUCUUGCAUGUUUGCAAGGACCAGCUUUUUGUGCUCCUAUAGCAGUAACGUGGUUAAACUAUAUAUUUACUGUCAAGUGUAUUCGCUAUCAUGUCUCAUAUCGUAUUUUCAUGACAUUGAUGUGGACCUUUCAGGCAGGAUUCCUUUUAUUUGCAAACAGUAGUUAUAGUACUUCUAUUACAGACCAAAUUGUUCCACUACUACCAAUAGAGUGGCCUCAAAGACUUCGUUGGUCUGUUGUAUUCAACAUGUCUACUCUUCGUAUGAUUGCAUUUAAUAUGGAUAUGUAUGAGGCCUUUCAUGAUGGGGCAGCACUGCAAGAGAAGGCCGUGCAGAAGCAUGAUACUGUGUGUGUGGAGUGUGCACAGAUGCGGGAAUCCAACCCCAACCGCGGUGAAGGGACUCACACUGCGCGGUGCUACAAGUUCCGCACAGAGUACCCGUGCCAGCUGCGGGACUACAAUCUGCUGAGCUACAUGACAUACAUAUUAUAUGUUCCACUAUACAUUGCGGGUCCCAUGUCCUCCUUUAAUGCCUUCGUUUCACAUCUUCAUUACCCUACUACCGUCAUGACAAGGAAGCAAAUGUUAUUUUAUGCAUUUCGUAUAUUUGUUUUAUAUCUUGUUUUGACCAUUUUAUUACAUUAUAUCUUUGUAAAUGGCAUUCGUCUUGUAGAUUUUAUUCUUGUAUACGCAGGUGCUUUUACAGUAUUUACUAUGCUUUACUUCCAGCUAGCUUUUCUAUGGUUAAAGUUCGGUUGUAUAUGGAAACUAUCUAGACUUCUAGCGAUAUUAGAUGGGGUUGAUGUACCAGAAGAUAUGCGUCGCUGCUUUGGAAAUACUGUCACUAUUCAAGAUUUUUGGCGAGAUUGGCAUGCCUCAUUCAAUUUAUGGAUUGUACGAUAUAUGUACAUCCCUAUGGGUGGUAACAAGAAGAAACAUCUGAAUAUUUUUCCCAUUUUUUUCUUUAUUGCGAUAUGGCAUGAUAUUGAACCUCAUUUGUUUUUUUGGGCACUGUCGAUAUGUGUUUUUCUUGUACUCGAAAUUUUCUUUUUACGUUGUGUACCCACCCAUCCUCGUGUGAGUGCACUUCGGAAACGAUCUCCAGUGUUGUACAUUAUACUGCGAAGUUUUUCUGGAGGUCUCAGUCAUAUGGCUGUCAUGAUCGCAUGUAUUGUUGGAUUUAAUUCGCAGACAUUAAUGCAAACCUCUGCGGCUGGUGUAGUAGAUUAUUAUUUUACCCUUUUUUUUAAUAUACAACCAUUAUUUUUACCAUGGUUUUUUCUCUUUCUUUGCUGUUGCUCACAUAUUGGAUUGGCAAUACGUGACAAUGAAGCAGAAAGGACGCAGCUCGAGCGAGUGCGUCUGGGUAUCAUUCAUGGGGUAAAAGUAUCCAAAUCCGAACAAGCAUAA